AUGUCUGAACUCCCAUUCGGUCCCCCAGUGCGUGUAUCUCCUCUGAUCAGAUUUGGUAGAUGGUCAUUCCUGACAGCUGGUAUCCUGUAUGGUGCUUUCCACCAAAACAGGCUAUCGAAGAAGGAAACCAAAAUCCGAGAGAUUGAAGCCAAAGAGAAGGUUAUCAGGGAUGAAAAGAUCAAGAAGGAGAAGGCUAUUGCUGCUGCUGCUGAAAUGAAAAACUUAGAAGAAAUGAUCAACAAGAAAAACUAA